AUGGUCGUGUCGGACGCGCACGCGCACGCGCCCUGGCGGCUGCUGCCCGCGGCCGCGCGGCCGGUACACCGCGGCCUGCGCCGCCGCGCCGACGCCGCCGUCGACGCCGACGCCGAAGGCGACGACUGCGCCGUCAGAGUGAACGUGGUGGAGGCGCUGCAGGAGUUCUGGCAGAUGAAGCAGGCGCGCGGCGCCGACCUGCGCAACGGCGCGCUCGUCAUCUACGAGUCGGUGCCCGCCUCCAGCCCGCCCUACGUCUGCUACGUCACGCUGCCCGGCGGCUCCUGCUUCGGAAGCUUCCAGAACUGCCCGACGAAAGCGGAGGCGCGGCGCAGCGCGGCCAAGAUCGCGCUCAUGAACUCCGUGUUCAACGAGCACCCGUCGCGCCGCAUCUCCGACGACUUCAUCGAGAAGGCGGUCGCGGAGGCGCGCGCCUCCUUCAAGGGUGACCCAGAGGAGGCGGACAACCCCAACACUGGCAUCGGCGCCUUCCGGUUCAUGCUGGAGACGAACAAGGGGCGCACAAUGCUGGAGUUCCAGGAGCUGAUGACAGUGUUCCAGCUGCUGCACUGGAACGGCUCGCUGAAGGCGAUGCGCGAGCGGCAGUGCUCGCGGCAGGAGGUGGUGGCGCACUACUCGAACCGCGCGCUGGACGACGACAUGCGUUCGCAGAUGGCGCUGGACUGGAUCGCGCGCGAGCAGGAGAACGCGGGCGCGCUGAGCCGCGAGCUGCGGCAGGCCGAGCGCGAGCUGGACGCGGCGCGCCUCGCCGGCCGCGAGCUGCGCUUCCCCAAGGAGAAGAAGGACAUCCUGAUGCUGGCGCACUCGCAGGCCGGCGCCGGCUCGCUGCACAGCUAGGCCGGCCGCCGCCCCCACCCCGCCCUGCACUGCCGCCGCGUCGUCUGCGCAGCUCCCGCCCUCGACAGCUUCGAUCCGCACAGUAACGAUCGUACCUUCUUCCCAAACAAUCGAGUGCUCUUCAUUACUUAUGCAGUGGCUCCAUUCUUCAGUUUUUUGGAUCUCAUCUUCAUAUCUUCUGGCUACGGUUGUUUGGAAGACCUAUCCUUCUCCUCUGGCUACCAUACCUAACUCACUGGAUGUCCUCUUCGUGUUCUCUAGCUACCAUACUUAACUCAUUGUUUGUAUAUCCUCUCCGUAAGCUCUGGACACCAUACCUAAAUCAUGUUUGGAUGCUUGUAUCCUCUGGCUACCGUACCAUUGUCUACAUGCCUCUCCAUACAUUCCAGCAAGCCGCUCCAUACACUCCAGCAGUCAUAUGUAACUCAUAGUUUGGAUAUCCUCUCCAUAUCCUCUGGCUACCCAUACCUCGUUGUUUGUAUGUCCCCUCCAUAUCCUCUGCCUACCAUACAUAACUCAUUGUUUGUACGUCCAGUCCAUAUCCUCUAACAUACUUCACUUAUUAUAACUCAUUGUUUGAAUGCCCUCUCCACAACCUCUGCCGACCAUACUUCACUCAUCGUUUGGAUGUGCACUCCAUAUUCUCUCCCUAACAUACCUAAUGUGACGCUUCCACGGACCAGUCUUCAUUGCCACCUCAUCACACUCCUUGGGCUCAACGAACCAAAUCAAGAAAGACAAUCACCACCGUCAGUCUCACUUUUUAUGUUUAUUCAGAUUGCUGGUUCACUUUUUGUUACAUGCCAUUUUAAGAUUCGUAUCUAACUGAUGUGCAUUACAGCUCCUCAGAAAGGUGACCAUUGUGUUUCAAAAUAAAUAAAUAAAUAAAAGAAGAAGGAAAGGAAUAAAGAUAAGAAGUGAACCAGACAAAGUUCGUCUUUCUUCAUUAUACUGAAAGUGGUUAUGGUGCCAUCAUAUAUCAUGUCUACGAUUAUUUUCAACCAGAAUAAAACAGUGGACUCUGCGCCGCAGCCUCUUAUGACGUGGCGAAGUCAACGUUCACGUUUCUAAUUUCAGUUUCGUAAGUGUCGUGUAACUUGACUCAUAUGCUUUUAGAAGACACUGGGUGUAGCCCAAGCAACUAAACUGUCUGUCCGGUGAUGAGAACAGUAUGGUUCUGUGCUCGUUUUUUCAACAGUUGAGAUAACUUAUUGACACAUAAAUAACAAAUAAAAUAUGUCCACAAAUAUAGCUUUCUACAGUUUACACUAUUAUUACACAAGAAUACAGCUUAUUUUACGCAACCUAGGUUUAGAGUUACAUGCCGAUUUCCUAGUGUUACUGUUUCGCAUAUGUCAUUCAUAUCUUCUGGUGUGUUGUUGAAUAAAUAAUCUAUAGCAACCAUAGAAAUUAAGAGACCACGUGAAGUACAUGGAGAUUUCACACCAUUGAAAUCUACCCGUCAAUGUCUCAAAUCAUCGUUUAAUUUUUCUGGUGUACACUGUAAGACAUCUAUAUACUACUUUCUUUCUCUUGUUGUUAUAGGCUAUUUUGCUUCUUAAUAUAUCAAAACAUACGAAUACCAACUAUGAAACAGGAACGGAGUUCCAACCCAAAAUCUACAGCGUGUAAAAUAUGUUGUCUUGUAUAAUAAUUACUGUAUUUGACUAAGAACCAGUAAUAAAGUUAACAGAAAUGAUUAUUGCAUUCUCCACUGCAAGGAUGGAUUGCAUAAAAAUAAAGAACAUAAAUACUCUGGGAAUAUUGCACCUCAGAUAGUUCCACAAUACACUGUUUUACUUCCAGGCAGAUAGUUUCUUUGACCGAACUGUGCAUCCUCGUCACAUGCAACGUAUAUAGGAUGUAUUUUUCUUGAAAUGGAGGUGCGUCCAUCCUCUUGAAGACCAUAAGCAUCCAAACGCAGUCCACUAAGAAUACAUGUGUUGUCAAUCCAAAGGCACAGCUUGUUGGAUGGAGCCACCAUUCUUGAAAUCUGAUACCACUCGCAUCACAUUCAGAUACUCCUGACGGAAUUGUAUUCGUGUCAGUCUUUUAUCAGUGAAAGCGAAGAUUCCUCUGGGUCUAGAAGAGGGAUUUAUUCCGUAUUAGAUAAUAAUCUAUCCACUGAAAAACUGACAUUGAUGCGUGUUAUACAACACUCUGCUAUUUUGUAGCACAGUUUCGUAUUCAGCAAACAAGUACUUAGUGUUAUCCUGCUGCUUGCAGAGACUUGGCUAAAUAAUAAAACUAGCAUGCAACAUUUGUAACGAGAUGACAGGAGAGAGUUGAAUUUUACUCUUAAUUUGGACAGCUUUGUGUACGGAGCCGUGACAGAAACGAAAAAAUUACCUGAAGAGCUCGAUAUUUCAGGUACACAAACUCUCAGUUAUUUUGUCGCCCUGUUCAGGGUGAAAAACAAUAUUGUGUUCUCCACAAUUAAUAAAAAGAAAUGAUCCAUUCGGAGUUAGAGCGCAUAAGAAGAGACUUCCAUUCCAUUUUAAGUUCUUUCAGACUGUUGUUCCUACUAUUCUAGGAAUUUACAGCAAUAUCUGCCGUUCGAAACGUAUCAUUCCGCGUUACUUCUAGCACCUCAGCAAACAUAAAUCUGUGUUCUCUUGAGGUGUCGCAUCAGAAAAUACAGUUAAAAGCCCUUCUCAUUACGUAUCUCGCCUGGUCUGCAAACUCCUUAUAAGGACGAAGACAGAGUGCACAUUGUAAAAUGAAGAAGAAAGUACAAACCGAAUUGCGAGACCAACCACGAUAUUUACGAACGGAUGUGAUCAGGCUGAACUAAUAUUUAUUCGCUGGGGACUGGAAGUAAUGCGCAGCCUUCUGCUACUCUCGUGUCCGGUGGCAGUGCAGUGACGAAACUAAGGCACCUCCUGCCAUCUACCGAUAUGCCUAACUUCACAGGAUCAUCGUGUGGUGCAAUACACGCUUAACAAACUAAAAAGGUUAAUGAAUUAUUUUGUACUUAUUAAUGAUCUCAUUCAGUUUAUGAUUGAUUCUUUUUUGUAAUUAAAUUUGUCGAUUGCUUCGUUAAGGAAAAGAAAUAUCUCUGAUGUCUUUCUGGUCGCUUAAAAAUUAACCUGAAAUAUGAUGCCUUAAAGGGGAGUCGAAUACUGUACUUUGCGCAGAAACUUUGACUUCAGCCGUUCGUGGCGUAGAGUGUAGACUGUUCAGCUCGCUUGUUCAGUGGACAUCGACGACGAAGAAAUGGUAUCACCAUCAGCCGUUCUUCUACUCUUUGACAGUCACGACACGAGAUGCCAAUGUAUUGUUCACCGUCAAUGUUCAUACUUGCUUCCGUGUUCCAUGAGUCGGAGAAGCUUGUAUCGUUUUACGAAAUAGGUAUUACGCACGUAUUUGUCCCAGUGGUUGUUUUCAUAUGAUACAAUAACUUAGUUACUUGCCUGAUAGACUCGGAAUCCUGAUAUACUGGUCUAUUGCGUGUCUAGCAACUCAUGGGGACCUACAGUCGUAUAAAGAGGGAGUAGAACUAUCGUAAAAUCUUCGCCAUCGGCCUACAACGUGCAAGGGGAAUUUCACAACAUGACAUUGUUAUCUUAAAGGUACGAAAGGGAGCUGCCUAAACCAUCAACAUAUUUGAUUUUGAGAUCAAGUCAGGAUUCUAUCACACCAGAAAGUGACUGAAUGCUCAUCGCACUUUCCCGUAAACAUGGCGUGUCGUACAGCUGGAUGCGGCAAACAUUUCAUGCCUGUGGAUGACGGACUCUACAGUAUGAGGCAUAAUUCAGUCACUUUCAAAGUCAGAUAAACUUCCGACUGGAGAGCCAGGUGAUAUAUUUACAUCAGAUGAUAUAUUUACUUCAUAAUAAUGUAAAUCUAUCUCUCUAAGAAAUCGUCAGUCAACAAUGAGGAAGGAGGGCGAAAUCUGGCAUCGGUCUUUAACUGCAAGGGAGUGAGGGCGUAUAUUCUUUAAGUUGUCGUAGGCGAGAUUAUAGAACUUCUGUAGUUUGCAGAAUGUUUUUGAAAGAGGAAGAAAUGAUUACAACAAAAGACGAGCAGGUAUACACGGAAAUAAGGCCAAGAUAAGUCGUGUUGUGCAAGAACUCACUAAGAAAAUAGAAAUAUCAAAUAUUUAUAUGCGAAGGAAAAUAGAAAUAAAAUUCAAGAAGAUUUAGUUUUCUAUCGAGACGAUGCUAAACU